AUGGGCAUCCAUGCUGUUAGCGUCAUGCUAGAGGCUCUCAAUAGAGAUGCCCAACAUGCUACUAUCGCCAAGUUCAUUCAAAAUGAACUUGACGCAGAACGCAAGAAAGUAGCCUUGCUUCACCAACAAGGUUCUCAACAAGCAGAGUUGUUGAGAGAACAGGGUGCUCAACAGUUUGAACUGUUGAGACAGCAGCAGGCUGCUGCUGGUGGGUCGAUGCACUCGCGUCGACCCGAAACCUUGAAGAUUGACAUCUCCAAGUAUAGGGGGUCGAAGAAGACUCCCUCUUGA